UGCUGCGAGCAGUUGGGAAGGUGUUUGGAGCCUAGUUUGGGGCUGUGCUGUCUUGGUUAACGUCUGAGAGCUAGCUGUAGCAAGUCGGUUAACCAGGCAGGCUUUCUGCUCCUCCCUGUGAUGUCUCUGGAGUUUGCGUGUGCAUGUUCACCAGAGAAACAGAAGGAAUAGGUGAGGGCAGUCGUGCUGGGCUGGGGUUUCCCUGCUGCAGCUGUGAGGCGGUGUGGCUCCGGGCCGCUGAAGGUGUGUCAGAGCAGAGGGAGCCGGGUAAGGGAACUUGUGCUUUGGGGCGUGCUCUGAGAACACGGAAUGCUAAUUGUGAGCAUCGCUGGGGUCUCUGGAGUUGCAUAGAGGGGUAAUUCCAUCACUUCUGUGAGGUGAUGGCUGUCCCAGAGGAGUGGCUGGGCAGCAGCUCCCAGAUGAGUUGUGGUAGCGCUUGUAUCCCACAGAGCUUUCCCCAGCAGGGCUAGGACCUGUCACAGCCCUUUGGACAGCAGAGGGUUCCUGUCUCUGGAUGCUGAGCCAGCUGACUGGUAACAGCUCAGCACUCCUGUCCUGUGAUGUGAGAGCUUUCGACACACAGAAGGCUUCUUGGAGAGCAGUCUCGUGGUUCACAGCAGAAGGCCUCGCUGGGGACAGAGCCGAUGCUGUGCCAGGCCUACUGCCUGGAUGCAGCACAGCUGAGCAUCUGAAGCACUGUUCUGCUGGUAGCUGCUGCUGAGCCGUUUCCUGAGGUUCUGUCUUCAUUUUGCUGACUCAAACCACAGAUUCCAAGGAAAGGAGAGAGAAGUGGAAUAAAAUGCUCAAGUGCCAAAGGAAAAUGUCAGACUAGCCAAUGGCAGUUACCAUUACUGACCUGUAGACUUCUUUCACAGCAGGGAGAAUGGAAUGCUACAGAUUCAAAGCCUAUAAAAUGUUUUAUGCAGACUUCAUUUACUGAAUUUCAAGUAGGCUAAAAAUUAACCACUUCUGUUAGGAAAUGGAAGUAUGAUUCCUGGCUGGUGUCUUCCUUUUUGUUCCCCUUCCACAGUUUUUUUUGUCUGGGAUAAGAAAUCCUAACCUACUUGUAUGAGUUCAGCCUAAUGUACCAUUAGGUCAUGGCUAAUGUAGGAACUUGUGAUUUAUGGCUCUGCAAUGAUACCUGAUUAGGGAAAAGAUUGAAAAUUGGUCAUGUGCUACAUUAUCAGAGCUUGUAGUAACACUUAAGGUCAUGCUUUCUUCCACUUCCUAAGAAUUGAACUUUGGGGUGAUGUUCCCCAGAAGGCAUGAGCAGUUAAGUUAUCUUUUUAGUUUGGAGACAGAAGUAAGAUGAGAAUGCCCAGAAGAGGCUUAGUAAUUCAAGCCAGGACUCGUUGGCUGUUAGUGGGCAUUGCUUUUCUAUUCAGUUUAGUCUUGCUCAUGUAUUUGCUUGAGUGUGCCCCACAGACAGAUAGUAAUGGGUCUUUACCUGGCGUUAUAGGUGAAAGCAUGGGUAAAGAGUACUAUCAGGCUCUCUUGCAGGAACAAGAAGAGCAUUAUCAAAACCGGGCUACUAGUCUGAAACGUCAGAUUGCCCAGUUAAAGCAAGAGCUUCAGGAAAUGAGUGAUAAAUUGAAAACUCUGCAGGAUAAAAAGAGCCCCAAGGUCAAUGGUGUGAACUACCAGGGCACCAAAGAGCAAGCAUCCAAUGAUCUCCUGGAGUUCCUUCAUUCCCAGAUCGACAAAGCUGAAGUGAGUGUGGGGGCGAAGCUGCCUAGUGAAUACGGCGUCGUUCCUUUUGAAAGCUUUACGUCCGUGAAGGUGUUCCAGCUGGAGAUGGGGCUCACUCGGCAUCCAGAAGAGAAACCCGUUAGAAAGGAUAAACGAGAUGAAUUGGUGGAAGUUAUUGAGGCUGGCCUGGAAGUUAUCAAUAAUCCAGAUGAAGAAGAUGAUGAAGAUGGAGUAGGAGAGAGGCAGCUGUAUAGCGAAAAUGACUUUGUAGAAGGUUACUAUCGUACAGAAAGAGAUAAGGGGACACAAUAUGAGCUGUUCUAUAAGAAGAUGGAUGGCACGGAAUACAGACAUGUCACCUUGUUCCGACCAUUUGGACCCCUCAUGAAAGUGAAGAGUGAGACUGUCGAUAUUUUUAGAUCUAUCAUUAACAUUAUUGUCCCUCUUGCUGGAAGAACUGAGGCAUUUGCACAGUUUAUGCAAAACUUCAGGGAUGUGUGCAUUCAUCAGGAUAAGCGUAUCCACCUCACGGUGGUGUAUUUUGGACAAGAUGGUCUAUCAGAAGUAAAAUCCAUUCUGGAGUCUGUAUCUAGAGAAACUAACUUCCACAAUUACACGCUCGUCUCUUUGAAUGAGGAAUUUAACCGUGGCCGGGGACUCGACAUGGGAGCCAGAGCCUGGGAGAAAGGCGAGGUCCUGAUGUUCUUCUGUGAUGUUGAUGUUUAUUUCACAGCCGAGUUCCUCAACAGCUGUCGCUUAAAUGCUGAGCCUGGAAAAAAGGUUUUUUAUCCUGUGGUAUUCAGCCUCUAUAAUCCUGCUAUUGUCUAUGCCAACCAAGAUAUACCACCCCCUGUGGAACAACAAUUGGUACACAAGAAGGAUUCUGGUUUCUGGCGAGACUUUGGCUUUGGGAUGACUUGUCAAUACCGGACAGACUUCCUAACUGUUGGGGGUUUUGACUUGGAAGUGAAAGGUUGGGGCGGUGAGGAUGUUCACCUUUACAGGAAGUACUUGCAUGGUGACCUUAUUGUGAUCAGGACACCGGUCCCUGGUCUCUUUCACCUCUGGCAUGAGAAGCAUUGUGCAGAUGAACUCACUCCAGAGCAGUAUCGCAUGUGUAUCCAGUCCAAAGCCAUGAACGAAGCCUCUCACUCGCACCUUGGGAUGCUGGUCUUCAGGGAGGAGAUUGAGACUCACCUCCGUAAGCAGGCUUACAGGACUAACAGCGAAGCAGUGGGUUAAAUGGAGCCCUGUUACGGGGUGAAACUGAUAGCUUCGAAUUUGCAAUGAACCAGCAUCGUUUUACAGCCUUAAUUCAGCUUAAAAAUGCAGUGCCUCUCUUUUUCAGUGAAGAAGAGUUUAGGGGUGUUUUGGUUCUUGUAUUUGUUUUCUGAGCAAUGGUUUGACUGAUAGUAUUUCCUGCGUAUCUUGCAAGUUCAAGCACCUCAAAUAACAAAUUGGGAAGCAUGUGUAGUUCAAAGAAAGCAUCCUCGGUAUCGACUGGAGACAACUGUGGAACGUACAACUCAGCACUUCUCCACAUGGUACAUUUUGAUUCUUACGUUGGUGUUAUUAUAAGAAUUAAAUUAAACCUUUUGUGUUACCUGAGUAUUUUCAGUCUGUAUGGCUCACUGCACUGUGACUUUAGAAUGAUAUUAUACUUACACUCUGUAGAAACAAGAAGAGUGAAAAGGAAUCUUGUUAAGAAAGGAUAUACAGAGUUUGCUAAUUGCUGUGCUAACCGUUCCAGUUGUUGACCUCACAGCAAUACCAGUGUACUGCAUUUGCUGUGUUAACAAAUGUUCACAUUGUUGAACACAAAAUACUCCAUGUGAAAGGGCAUGGAAAUGCAAGCCUUUUAAAGUGGAAUUCUAGUGUUUAAUGGAAUUUCACACUGCUGAAGACACCACCACCUUAUCUUGGUGAUGGAUCAAAGAAGUUGGGAAUGCUCCAGUCAUGCAUUUUGGGCUCUAGUCUUUUCCCACAGUAGUUACUACAUCAUAAAAUCCCUUCUGUUAACCAAGUUAUGCUAUGGAAUGUGUAUUUUAAAGACUUUUUUUUGCCCCAUUCCUUACUCAACAGCCUUGCUUCCUCACCUCAGCCUUUAAGCUGAGGAACCAUCAUUUCAUUGCCAUGUGUAUUUAUUAGAGACCUAUUUGCUGUUAUGCCAAUAUUGUCCCUUUCUUUCUCUUGGCUCUGACAUUUUCCUGACAUGUUUUCAGAAGGCAGUCAUACACCUUAAAGCUAUUUCUUUGACUGGAAAAGCAAGUGCCGUUUCACAGGAUACUUCCCAUUCUGCUGGUUAUCCUACGUAGCCUUAUUCUUUUCCAGUUGAAGGUGAGGGAAGGGGUUGUUUUCUCUUAGGUCUGGCUUUUUUUUGGAGGGAAUGGAAGGGGUCAAGCAUGCACGAACAGAAGUAUGCGCUGGUCUCAUGAGUGUCUUGUACAGUGGCACUACUACUUCCCCUUCAGGUAUUCUGGGAUGUAUAAACAGUUGAAAUGCAGGCAGGUCUCUUAUCUCCAUGUUGUCUUAUAUGCUACCAUACAGCAUGCCUCUUUUUUUAAUGUAUUUCUUUUCAAAACUAGUGCUGAGAAUGCUAAUUCAGUGGUUAAACCAUGCGCUUGGUCUCCACUGGAUGUAGAAAUUAGGUGAAAACCUUUCUCAAACCAGGUACUUAAGUUGCAUUAAUGAAUUUGAUUGAAUUCAGUUCGCUUUAAGAAUUCUGAAAGCAAUUAAAGAUCUAAAUGAAUGACUUCUCUGAAUAGCAGAUGCUGUGCAAAUAAUUCCGGGCACUGAUCCUUUUAUAUGUACAAAACAUUUGCCUUUAUGUAACUUAUUGUGGAGAACAGUGUACUGUAUUGUACUUAGAGUGAAGAGAACGCAUUGCAAGGCUUCUUGCAGUUGAUAUUCUCUGUAUAAUAAAUGGAAUAUCUGCAUUUUA